AUGAUGGAAGUGGACGGAUCGGAUGACGAAGAGCAAGUGACAGUGCGGAAAACGACAAAGAAGCCGGAUUUUCUGUCGGACGAAGGCGAAGACGAUGAAGUGGUUUGGGAGGUUGGAGUCCUCGGAUAACAUCUGAAAAUCAUUUGAGUUUCAGAAAGACGUUGUAGUUUGCAAUUCGACGCCGAACACAGACAUGUACUGUGUUUCGUACCCGUCGAGCAAGAAAGACGCGUGGGAUGGAAAUCGGUUUCCGGUCGCUCGAUACAAGAAAAAUGUUCGAUUGGUAAGUGCAAAACUGAAAUAAUUAAUGUAGUUUUAUUUAAUUUUCUUCAGCUGGAAAUGCGCUUCAUGACAGACACGCACACUGGCUCCUACGAUAAAAAGAAGGCGGAGCUGAUGUAUGCAGACGGAGGAUCACCCAGAAAAGGGGCUGGGCCUUCUUCGAGCAUAGAGUAAACCCUGUGUUUUCAGCUUUUAUCAUAACCCCUCGAUUUCAGUAACAUCCGUUCGAACGAUGAAAUCUACGAAGGACGCGCUUUCGUGCACGAUCACCCGAUUGUGAAUUCAAUCGGAUUCAUGCGAAACAACCAAUUCUACGUGCAUCCGCUGACUGGAUCCUUCGAAAUGCACCGAUCGAUAACUGGGCUGAACAGGAAGAAAAAGGGAGGAAAAGGCGGAAAGGGAGAGGACGAUGAGACGUCGGACGAGGAAGAAGAAGACGAAAAGAAGCCCACCUCCUCGGCCGUCCGCGUCAAAUUCUCGCGUCCAGAGACCGAACGGCAGAAGAAAAGGAGAGAAGCGUCGGCGCUGCACAGAGAGAAGAAAAUUGCAGAGGAUGUGUGGAUUCCGAUGAAAGUGCAUCUUAAAGAAGUGGGAAAAUGAGAUGGACAAAGCUAAUUGCACUGUUUUUCAUUUCAGGACGAGCCGGUCGCUCAAAAGGUGGGAAUUAUCAGUAAAACUGGCGUGAAAACCGAACAUCAAGUGCCGGAACCGGACUCCCUGGACAUCCGAGAACUCGUGAACAAAGCCAUCAUUUGCAGUGUCAAAGAAGAGCUGUGAGCAACUGCGCUCCAUUCAGAACGUCAACAUUUUGAUUACUUUUCAGAGUAAUCGAAUCGGGAAAAGAGCACAUGCUCUCGAAGCAGCGCAUUGAUGAGCUGGCUCCAGAGAUGCAGAUCAAAGCGCACAUGGUCAAAUCGCAUGUGAUGAGAACUUCGGAAAUGAGGAAACUGAUCGACGAGGAGCGAAUGAGCACGGACGCGAUGAUCGAACAGCUCAAAUCGUGCUCCCGACUGGUCAACGGAGUCUGGGUGCUCGACUCGAACCUCAUGUUCAUCAAUCUGCCACCCGCCCACUCGAACACCGCUGGAAAAGUCAGAAUUUAUGCAGGAGUGUUCUCAAAUUUUAAAUAUUCCCUCAUUUUUCAGACAGAUUUAUAUCGUGCGGAAUUGUGGAGGAACGCGCGGGAUCUGGCGCUCUGUCUCAUCGACGGAGGACAUCGAAUCACGAGGCUCACGCUGAUGACGUAAGCGAUUACGGUCGACAUUCAGAAGUGAUUGUACAUGUUCAGAUGCUUCAAACUGAGCGAAAAAGACGCGGACGAGAUUCUGGCGACAUUUGGGGUCCGAUGCCAGGCCACGCGUUCGUGGAACCUGCGGAUCGAACGAGAUGAAGAUUUUCUCAACGAGUUUAUCACCUUCCCCCUUUUCUUUCAAUUAUUUCUCAACUUUCAGUCCGUCGAUGCAGAAGCACGUGGUUGCUGAGAAAGAGCGAUGGAUCGAGGUGUUCAACGAUCUGAAGAAGACGAUUAAUCAGCCGAAAUCACCGACGAAAAAGAAAAGUUAA